UGGUGGGAAGUUCGGCUCUGCUCAUUUGUUUCUCCCCUCCCUGCGGUCAUGCCCGACGCUGCCUGUGUUCAACGUGUGAAAAUGUUGUUUCUUGCCCAUUUUCCAAGUUACUCAUGGACGGAGCCAAAAAGGUGCACCAUGCUUAAGGGCAACAGGAUUGAGCCUGGGAGCCAGAGAAGAGUGAAAAGGCAUUAUCCAUGGAUCCUAUGUGGCUGCAACCGACAAUGCUAUAUCACCUUGAUUACUGGUUGCUACACCUGCGAGUGGCAGUUCAAGCAGGAGAAAAAGUCUUUACCUGGACCCUGCUGCUGCUCUUGGAGAGAGAAGUUAUUUUACCCAUUUCUGAUUGCUUCAUUUUUGCUGUCUUUGAUUUUGCUGUUUUUGUGGAUAGAAACUUCAAAUGAUUACUUUGGCUUUGACUGGUGA